GUUGGCCAUUGCUGUGCUGUCCAAGUACAAUCAUCUGAUUGGUGCUCGCCAGCUUUGAUGGUCUGCUUCUUGCUUGAAAUUGACAGAGCUUGUUUAUCACCUACAUGAAGACUGGCUAAAGGAUUACCGGCUUAAAUUUUAAAUAUUUUGUUAAAAUGUUAUUAAAAUUGUUUUUAGCAUUCAAUUUCUUGUAUUCAUCGGUGUAUUGUGAGAUAUUAAGACCACGUGGUGUACCUAUUUCAAAAGUAUCACUUUACGAUCCCAGCAUAGACUUCACCUGUUUUGAUGGCUUGAGGACAAUUCCUUUCAAAUAUGUAAACGACGAUUACUGUGACUGUAACGAUGGCACGGAUGAGCCAGGGACUGCUGCUUGUCCGAAUGGCAUCUUUCACUGUACCAAUGCCGGUCACAAGUCUCUCAACAUUCCAUCCUCGAGGGUUAACGAUGGAAUUUGUGAUUGCUGUGAUGCGUCAGACGAGUAUACGACAGGCAACUGCAGUGAUGUGUGUUACGCACUGGGAGAAGUGGCAAGGCAAGAGGCCAAGCAGCGGGCGGAGCUGCUGCGUCAGGGAAGCGAAGUAAGGCAACAACUCAUCGCUAGAGGCAAGCAGAUGAAGCAAGAAAAAGUGAACAGAGUACAGUCACUGCAGAGGGAUAAGUCAGAGGCCGAGGCAGUCAAGAAGGAGAAAGAAAUGUUGAAGCAGGAGGCUGAGGCUGCUGAGUCCGUGGCUCUAGAGGCCUAUCGGCUGGUGGAGGAGGCUGAGAGGGCGAAACAACAAGAGGAGGAAAGGGCCAAAGAGGAACAGGAGCGUUUUGAGUAUUUCAAGCUAAUAGAUUCAAAUAUGGAUGGCAAGAUCGACAUUUCUGAACUUCAAGCCAGACAAACAUUUGACCAAAAUAAAGAUGGGGUGGUCUCAGAAGAAGAGAUCAAGUUCCUUUUAGGAGACCUGACAGAAGCUGACUGGACUCAGUUCAGUUCAGAAAUCUUCAACCGAAUGAAACCAUUCUUCAUGUUGGAGAAGGGACUGUUUCAGCCUCCGUCAGAACAGAAAGAAGAAACUGAAAAAGAGGAAACUACUGAACCUAACCAAGCUGAGGAGUGGGGUGAUGAGGAUGAGGAAGAGAGGAAUGAUGAUGAUGAAGAUGAGGGAGAUGGGGAGAAGGAAGAAGGAGAAAAUACAGAAGUGGAACAUGAGGAAGAGGAUAAGCCGAAGUAUGAUCCUGCAACUCAACAGCUUAUUGAUGAUGCGGACAAAGCCAGGGCAGAAUACGAGAACGCGGAACGAGCAGUGCGAGAUGUGGAGCGAGAACUGAAGCAUCUACAGGAUAGUCUGGAAAAAGAUUACGGUCCAGAGGAUGAUUUCUCAGCUCUGGAUGGAGAGUGUUUUGAGUAUAGCGACAGAGAGUACACAUACAAGCUUUGUCCAUUUGAUCAGGUGAGCCAGAAGCCGCGAGCUGGGGGUAUAGAAACCAAGCUGGGAACAUGGAGUGGCUGGGUUGGUGCUGAUAUCAAGUACACAGCCAUGUUGUAUGAUCACGGACAAUCAUGUUGGAAUGGUCCACAACGUUCCACUUAUGUUGAAGUGUUGUGUGGACUGGACAGUGUGGUGACAUCGGCCUCUGAGCCAAACCGGUGUGAGUACAGACUUACCUUCACCACACCUGCUGCUUGUAGACCACAGGAGACACACAGCACUGUGCCUCAUGAUGAACUAUGAUCCAUCCAAGAUGGUGAAAACUGCUUUAAAUUUAAUUAGUGUAAAAUUGAUUACAUAUUUGUGAGGUGAUAGUGUUUAGUGUAUAGUUUGUACUACAUCAAAAAUAUUUUCCGCAUUACAAAUUUUAAAUUUUAUAACAUUCAUGUCUCGUUUUAGAUUCAUGAGUAAUUUACUCACAUUGCUGAAUUGUUAUACUGCUAUGUAUCUAUUUUCUUUCUUCCUAAAAAUUUUAAAAUGAUAGUCAAAGAUAACUUUUAAAAUGGAAAACAAACCUUUAAUGAAAAUUCAAAUUUCAAUUAAGUUUUGUCUGGAGAAAAACUUCAGUACGUCACAUGUUAUCUAUAAUAUUUUAAAAUUAAUUAAUGUACAAAGUUAUUAAUUAUUUCAUACAUACAUAGGAGUAGUACAAGUUGUAAUGUACAACUAUUAAUAAAUAAUGAAAUUGAUGCAUCUCUCUUGUAUUUGAAACCGCUACAAACUUCGUUAUAUCAUAUACAACUUUUCAAACAAUUUUUUUAGUCUAAACUUAUAUUAGCAAAACAUUUUUUUGUUUGAACUUAUAUAUUAGCACGCUUGUGGUUUCAAUAGUUUUUAAAAUUGAUUCUAUAGCAUUAUUAUUUGAGUCCCAGUUCUAGUUAUGUAAGUGAAUAACACAAAAGGUACAUGUUUUAUUUAACACAAUGCCUGUCACAUAAACAAUAUUUUCACUGUAUUACAUAUACUUCUGUGCGCUGUGAGGUGGCUUUUACAUCAUUGUACUUUGAAAAACUGUUUCAAAACUUAAUAAAAGUUGUAUUAGCCUAAAAUAUUGACUUAGUUGAAAUAUUAUUAACUGAAGGCCAAACAGGUCAAUUGAUUUAUGGAUUCUAUUUUUACAAUUCUAAAAAAUAGAAUGGAAGAAAGGUUAUGUUAACAGAAGAAAUUGUAUUUCCCACAGAGCACUUGAAAGGAGAGACGUUGCAGCCCUCUCUUUUCUCUCAUCUGCUCAGAGAAAACCACAGUAAUGUUAAAAUAUUGGUGUUCUUUAUUAUUAUUGCUCCACUUAGGUAGGUCAUGAUGGAGUCCUGCUACUAACUGUUGUAAAUGAAUUAAGACAGAUGUAAGGGGAGUGCUCAGUGUUUGGUGUUGUGUUGGUUUAUUGUCAGUGCGUAGGCCGUAAAACAAGUUAUUUUGAUAUAUGUCGGAAUAAAAACUAUUUGUAUUAAAAAAUAUUAAUUAGUAGUUUUGUUUUCAAGUAAUGAAAACUAGUUGCACCAAUCCUGUAUAUUGUUGUUGACCAGCGCAGUAGUUGUGUAAUUAUGGGCACCAUAAGUUUAGUGCAAAAUUAAUCUUCCCUUUUUUCUUGUAUGUUUACUAGUUUAAUUUCCAGUUCAGUGUACAAUAAUAAAAACAAUAAACGUAAGCGUUUUAUAUCUGAAAUCAAGAAAUAUAUCCAGUGUCGACUUGGUACGUGGGUAAAUAAAUAAUAAAAUUUGUUUACAUACUCACAGGUUUUAACAUAUAAUUUUUCCAAAAUACUGAAGGCAGUACUGUUAUAUAUCUAUUACAUAAUUAUUAUUAGCUAACAUUAUUGUGUGUAAAACACUGAAAUGUAUUACACUAGAGACGCGACUGUCCAGAAUGGGGCUAUCCGAAGACCUGGACUAUCCAAAGUACAUUAUAAAAAUUACAUUUUUUCUGUAAAUGUUUUAAAAUUCGUUUAAAGGUUAUAAAUGGCAAAUUCAGACACUUGCUCUAGAUGCAAUCAUGUAUGUGUGAAGCCACUGUUCAUUUAACUACAAGCAAGUUUUUAAUGGUAGGUCCUCUUUUUUCAAAAUUUAAAUUAAACGAAAUUGGACUUGGUCCCAUCAACUUCGUAAAAUCGUGCACUAUUUUAACUACAUCUAAAAAUAAAAUAAUUUGUAAUUGUUUUUAUUUUUAAAAGUAUAAGGUUUUAAAUCAAAUAUAAAGUGUUGGUUCACAAUUAUUUUUGGAUAUCUAUUAUUAAACAAAACGGAUUAAUAAAUUUUGAUGUAAAUAAACGACUUGUGAAUGUUUCUACAUGUAUUUUAUUAUUCAGUCUUGCCCUAGGCAGAUCCACUUUUAUCAAUGGCAGAAUUUUUGACUGACGGAUAAAACAGCAUUGCUUGGAACUAAGUGUUAAAUAUCAAACAUUAGAAAUGUAGACUAGUCAAUGCAAUAUGAACCACCACUUGAUGAUCAUCACUUGUACUUGGCUAGCUCUCUCCACCACAGUGGCAUAUGUGAAUGGAAUACAUAAUUACAAUUUACUUGUGUUUAUUGCAAUCUGUCUGUGCAUAAUAUAUUUGUAGAUCGUUUUGGAUAAAACUAAAAGUAAACAAUGACAUUCAGUAUCAAGUUAAUAUAGUUUUCAUAAUUUUGUUUUUAAUGCUAUUUUAUAUUAAUUGUUUGGAUGAAUGUUGUAAUAACACUUAUAUAAUUAAGUCUUUUCAUAACAUACUAAAAUAGAUUGCUCAUGUGGAUUUAAAAUUAGCUACCAAUUUGUUCUAUGUGGUGCAUGGAUUUACAAAAAUGAAUAUUUGUAUUUUUUGUUUAUUUAUUCAUCUCAGUACAGUAAAAUAUUGUAAUUUCCAAAAAAAAAAUACAUUCCGAAUCUGUGUUUAUCAUAGCAUAGACUGAUUUGAUUAAUAAAUAAUUUAUAUAUAA